UGGUUUUUGGUUAGGUCAUUAGGUUUAGGUUAGGUGACUUGUUUGUUAGGUUAUGUGUAAAAGUAUGCAGUAUUAGAACUAUAACUAGGUUAGCUUUUGCUUGAUUAUUUCACUUUUGACUAAGAUUCCAAUUGUUUGUGAUGCCAUAGUAGGUAGCCUAUCUUUUGAACUUAAAUCAUGGAAGAUUAUCACAACGUGUUUAUUGGUGGAGUUUCUGGUGUUUUUAAAGGCCUCAAAGCAUCUCAUAACAAAGGUGUUCAUAACGUAAAAAAUCUUCAAAAGCUUAAAGAGAUCACACAAAGAAAUGAAGUAACCUUUUUAAACUGGGCUGAUAAACUUGAAAAUGAAAUACUCAUAGGGUAUAGCAACCAGUUGGUCAAAAUAUUUGAUUUAACAUCAAAUGCCUUCAUACUGAAUGAACACAAAACCAUUGGAGAGGGACCAAUUCGAGGGAUCUUCAAGGUAAACAGUUCGCUGGUAACUGCAGUCGAGUCAGGAAUAGUGAAGGUUUGGGGUGAAACAGACUCACUUGUGGAAACUGGAGGGCCCAUCAGUCGUAUGAGACAUAGUCCCAAUGAAGACAAUGUUUUUGCCACAGGCGGUAAAGAGAAUGACCUCAAGCUCUGGGAUGUUGAAACUGGCAAAAACACUUUUACAGCAAAAAACGUGCGUCACGACUGGUUGGAACUUCGAGUGCCAGUGUGGGUCAUGGAUUUAGCGUUCGUGCCAGAAUCCAAGCAAGUUGCUGUAGCCACUAGAUACGGUCAUGUGCGACUGUAUGACCCCUCCACUCCUACUCGCCGACCUGUUUGUCAAGUUGAGGAGAAAGACGUCAGUUUCACCUGUAUAGCUCCUGCACCCCGGCCCAACCAUGUAGUAGUCGGGUGUGCGGCCGGCAACAUGUACCUGGUGGAUCUGAGGGGUAAGGGGGUUCUGCUCAACAAGUUCAGAGGCUUCAUGGGAGGAGUGCGUGCCGUCGCUUGUCCCACUGUUGAACCUUACGUACUCAGCGUUAGUCUGGACAGGCACUUCAGAAUACAUCAUCUCAACACAAAGAAACUGCUUUUUAAGGAAUACAUGCAGUCAAGGUUGUCAGCUCUUCUGAUCAAGUCUAGUUUUACAAUGGAAGACAUCAAAGAAGAAGCUCCAGAGAUAAAAGAAGAAGAUGCGGAAGCUUUUGAGGCAGACGAAGAAUAUGAACAGAUGUUCAAUGAGAUGGAAGUUAUAACGGACAAAGUGGAACCAGUUAUAAAGAAAACAAAGAAAGGAAAAAAGAAAGUUAAAGAAAAUAAUGCAAUUGAUAGUAUAAUAGAAGGUGAAAUAAAAGAAAAAUUGACCUCUCUUCAUAAAGACGAAAUUUUAGAACAAGAAAAUCCAACUAGUAAAAGAUCGAAAUCAGGAAAAGUAAAAUCAAAAAAAUUGAAAAGGUUAAAAGAAGAAGAUGAUGUUAUUGUUUUAGAAUAGUAUAUAGUUAUAAUAAAUAUUUUAACGAUGGAUUACAACUAAUUUUUUACUAGAAGUUUAAUCUUCAAGUUUCUAACAACUUUGGCCCACCAUUUGCUUACCAAAUUACUUUAUCGUCUGGCCACAUGACUAUCUUUUUAAAUUGAAUUGAUUUAUAUGGGAACCCACUUUGUCAACAAGUAAUUUCCUCUUAAACUGUGCUGGUCAUCAUGUAAAAUUUAAUAAAUAACUAGAAUCUACUUGCUUGUAAAGUAGUACCAUAGAUAAAUCAUACUCCCUUAGUAGAUUUGUCAUCCUUAUGGAACAGCUGAAGCCAGUUUUAUUGUUAGUUCUGUACGUCCAACUGUAGAGGUUAUGUUUUGUUUACAAUUUGUUUCUUGUUAUUUCAGUAAUUUAAAACCUCAUUUAACCAAAUAAAACGAUUUAAACCAUAAACAAUAACUGGUCUCCUAGUUAUAUGACCAAAUAGUAAAGCACAAAUCAUGAAAAUAAUCCUAAAAUAAUAGAAACAAAAUGUUGUCUACCCCAGCGAUCGGUGUGGGCGUACAUCAAAAAACAAGCUUCAAUAUUUACAAUGAGAUGAGGAGUCUUGUGUUGCUUAGUCUAUGGUAGUACGCUGUAGGGUGAAGUAUGAGGUGAUUAUUUUAUUUCCUCAACUUUGUUGAGUCCAAAUGAACAACUGGAGGUUUUUAUUCCUCUGAUUUUUAAUUGACACAAUGCAGUAUGCAAAUGAAGCACGGCCAACUUUAACUCCAGGCCACGGCCUUCGAAGUGGCAAUGUCGCAAGUAGUGUUGUUACAGCUGUUUUGUUUGGAGGCAGUUGAUGGAAUUUGUGUGUUUUUUAAGAAGACGAAAGCUUGAUGACUGGGCCAUGAAAAUAUUGCCUCCAUUCUAAAUGUACAAAAAUAGAUUUUCAAUUUAUAUUGUUUUGGUUUUCAAUUCUAUAUGUUUAUUUCUAAUCUUUUAAUAUAUUUAAGUUCAUAAAUUUAAAUGAAUAAUACAAAAAUGAAUGAGCUGGUGUCACCUGUCUGUCAUGUUCGAUCGUAAAGUCAGUAGCUUUUUGAUGGUUCAAAACCGGACACAAGCUGUUCCUGAUCAUUGGGCUUUAAAUAAAUGAUCCUGACUAAUGAAAUCGAAUCGCUGAUCUUAGUCAGUAACAAAGCUACACAGGUCAUCACACACCAUUCUACACUCAUCCUUCACUCAUAUUUGGGUUAAAAUAUGCACCUAGGUGGCGUCCCCAUCUCAAUGAUUGAUUGAUUGAUUGAUUGAUGUUAUUAAUUAUGAGACGUCUGGCGUUCAACAAGACUACCUGCGACGUUGCCAAAUCUACCAGGCCGCGGCCUGGAGUUAAAGGUGGCCGUGAGUGAAGAGUGCUCCUUAUGUAUAUGUAAAUUAAGCAAGAAAUAAGAAAUAUGAGGGAUGAAAAAUAAGUAUUUUGUUGCAUCAAUGUACAAUAGUACCUAUUGUUGUAAAUAAGAUGUAAUACCAACGGCUGCACUUUACUUAAGGUCCUACACUCAUUCGAAGGAAAAUAUCGAUUGGUUAGUUACGUUAGGUUAACCUUACCUAACUAACCAAACGAUAUAUCGAAUUAAUCUAUAUAUCGAUCGAUAUUUUCAUUGGAAUGAGUGUAGGGCCUACUAAGUAGUAAAGUAAAGUGCAGCCAUACCAACAAUUAUUAUUGUUUGUAAACAACAAAUAAUGUAAAUAUUUCAGUGACAGAUUUAAAAAAUCAUUCUUAAAACAGCUGAUUUUUAUGUAGCUAAUGGUAGGCCUCGUUGAUGAAGGGGCCCUCAAUUGUUGUUUCCAAAAUUUAAUCCUUCACAACAUUACCUGACAUGAUAACUCUAUCUAUACUAUAGUACCAAAUAAUUGUACUGACUCAAAUAACUGUAGCCCUAUCAGGACAACAUCCUAGGUUAGGGAUCCAUAACACUGUAAACCUCCCUUGUUCAAUAAUAUUACAUUACU